GUACGGUUUAUAACAAAAAUCUGGCACCCAAAUAUAUCGUCUGUAACAGGUGCAAUAUGUUUGGACAUAUUAAAAGAUCAGUGGGGAUGAAAUGUUAGUGCAGCAUAUGAUACCAAUGAUGCAGCAAGCUUCUGUGAUGGCAACAUACAUCAUCUCCAUCUUUCAAGAAGUUCAGGAUCCUCUCUCACUGCAAUGGAGAUAAUGCUGAUGCUCUUCGGGGAUCAUAAGUAUAUGUUUCUCAUUGGUUUACUCACCAAGAUAGAGCAGUAACUGUCCACCAUUACAACAGAUUGAGGCAGUUGCAAUGAGGCAGCUCUUGAAGAUGGAUUUAGUUUGCUACAAACAAAUCAUUGUGUUAUCACACGAUAAUGCCCAGGCAUGCUUGGUCAACAGCACAUGUGGCUUGUUACAGUGCCACUGUUUGGAGAUACAAAGCCACCCUGACAACAGCCCUGGUGCUAUAUCCAGUGAUUUCCAUCUGCUUCGACUGUUGAAAGAGUUUGUGAUUGGCACGGAAUUCACAUCAAAGGAGGAUUUUCAGGCUGCUGCAAUGACACUGAGAACAGUUCUGCUGUCCCUUCAGGCACUUCUGGCUGCAGCUGAGCCAGAUGAUCCUCAAGAUGCUGUUGUAGCAAAGCAGUUCAAAGAAAAUCAGGACAUGUUUAGACAAACAGCUCGACAUUGGACAUUCAUUUAUGCUGGAGGUCCUCACAGGAAUUCAGAUUUUGACUUGAAAAUACGACGGCUUACGGAUAUGGGAAUAGAAGAUCAUCAAGCACGAGUAGCCUUAUCGUCAUACAACUGGGAUCUGGAGAGAGCCACAGAACAGCUCUUCAGUUAGUUAACAGUGUCAGCUGUGAAAUGACGAGAAUUAACUGAUGUGAAAUAGUUAUAUUCAUAUUGUCACCUCUUUGGAAUCCAUCCUUAAGUGCAGUUAUGCGAGUCAUGUUAUGAAACGGAACAUUGUCACAUGGCAGUCAAGUAGUUUACUAAUGUAUGUAUACUGUGAAAAUGGAUGGAGGGUAUGUGAAAUGUAAAUACGAAUAUAAUACCUUACAUGUAUGCAAGUUGUCAUUUUUAAGUUUUCUUUUUGUUUUGGAAUUUGUACACUAAAUAAACUGAAUUAAGUAACACUAUAACAACAAUCUGUUAGCUAAUGUCAGUUGUGGUGCACAUGCGUGCGCGCACACACACACACGCACGCACACACACACACACACACACACACACACACAC